AUGCCAAAAAGUUCGAAGAAGAAGAAAGACAAGGCGGCCGACUUUACGAAAGCGAGGCUCAAACUUGGAAAAGGGAAACAGCAGCCAUCCAAUGUUAUUGAUACUUCGUUCAAGGCUCGCUAUGCUAUCCUGGGGUUGAGGGAACUGUUCGAGGUGCAUUGGGACGUCCUGGAAUCCAACAUGUCCGCCUUUGUCGGUGCAAUUGUCAGGCUCAUCGGGGACGAGGAGAACCUCGUCCCCCACUCUCAUCUCCUUUUGCUCUACACUACCUCUGCUCAAACCCACAUCUUCCCCGAAAUCAGGAUCGAUGCUGUUCGGUUCCUGGACAUCUUCUUAGAGAAGAUACCUGAAGUCCUCGUAAACGGACUUAAUCACACUGUCAAAGGUCACGGCCAAAGGAUCUUGGAUGGUUAUCUGGGCCUUCUGAACGCUGGUCCUGUUCAAGCCACUUCGUCAGCUAGCGUUACCCUCACACCCGCCUCGAAAUAUGUCGUUCUCAACUCCCUUUCUACGUUUCUGAGGCAUGCGCUUCGAACGAGCGAAGCUAAAAGCCCCUUCCCGGAGGCAAGUUCAUCACUGUCGAAACCUUCUCUGGCUUGGUACCUUAAACCAGCCUUUGAAAACGAAGGCGCAUUCCUAGAAUUUGAGAAAAAACUUAGCCCGUGGCGAUCCUCGAGCUCCGUGCCCAGCAUCCGACAACCAUGGAAGGAGGUCGUAGAGGAUGAAGACAUUGAUGACGAUUUCCUGGCUCCAACAUCCACUCUCGUCGACCUUCAGUCCAACCAGAUUUGGACGCUUCAGAAUGUUAUAGACACUGCUUCCAAGUCUGCCUCGGAAGUUCCAACGUCCACAAACGAGACUUCUUUCAUUGAGCAACUCGCUCGAACCCUGCACUCUAGCCUUGUUGCAAUCUUCUUGGAUUAUGCUCCAUUGGCUUUUUCACCCUCCGGAAGCCCUUCAGAAACGGAGACGGGUCUGGUGAUUACCGUUGUCCAACUGGUUCGCACUCUGUAUCAAGCAAUUGUGCAGAAGUCAGAUAAGGUUGCGGAUGCCCGGGUUCAAGAACUAGAGGCAUUGCUCGGCUUUAUGGCACCGUACUUCCCUGCAGAAUCGACCGGCAAGAACAUCAAGUUCGUGCAAUUUGUAGACACCUACAACCUCGUCUAUUGCGAGCUUGUGUCUUUCCUAUUGAUCACAACAUCAAGGCAACCUUCGCGAGCCCCAUCUGCUCGAAGGUACAAAACCAAAUCCCCUGUCAAGCUCCAUCUACGCAACUUUUGGGAAGCGGGAGGCGUCGGGGAGUUCAUUGACGAAAAGCUUCAAGGUCGAUCAGGAAAUAGUGGAAUUUCUGCCCCGAUCAAUUCUUCUGCCUAUAGCGAUUUCUUACCCACCAUCUGGACUUUUAUCAACGAAUUCGCGACGCCCAGUGGGGAGGAUAACGAAGGAGGGUCGAAUGCGAUUCUCUUGGCUCUGCUUGAUCAUGCCACCAAAAUGUCCUCCAAAGCGGCGAGCAAGCGGUUAACGAUCGAUUUUGUGGCAAGAUUGAUAUUGGCGAGUUGCUCCCCCCUCCUGCGCGUACUUCAAAGCCGUUCCAUAUUGAUAGAAGCCGAAACAAUUACCCAACUGCAAGCUCGAAUGGCACCCUACUUUAAAUUUAACCACGCAGUCCGCGGAGGGGUGUCAGGUCCCUACUGCAAGUUGCCACCUGGCUCGCCUCUUCGUCGCCUAGUCUUGGAUAUGGUUUCGGUAUUGCUGCUGAGAGGGUGGGGUAAAUCAGCCAAAAUGACCAAUUCUGAAACGAGCAGGAAUUUGGUGUUGGCUGUUAAUGAUGCUGUCGAAGGGACGGCGGAACACAAGUACUGGGAACAUGACGAGAACAAGAGAGUGAAAGCAUGA